CAAUUUAUUGCAAAAAAAUGAAACUCAGUUUUUGAGGAAUUUGUUUCCACCUGCAAAAGUAGAAUUAGACAAAGAUAUCAAUGGAUAUUUAGAUAAUAUAUUUUCUAUUUUUAAUAGUAAAGAGAUCCUUAAUGCUGAAAAUAUAUUCAAAGAAGUGGAACAGAAACGAAAAUUAGUAAAUUUGGGAAUUGAAACUUUAAAAGAGCGCCAAAUUACUUUUAUUUUUGAUAUCGUACAAAAAUUUCUUAAAAAAUUCCGAAAAGGAGAUUUUUUUUCAUUAAAAAUGUCUGAAUUAAAAUUUUGUACGGAAGUUUUAGAAUCAUGUCUUGAUAUAAUAGCAGAUAUCGAUGGUUCUUAUACUAGCUGGGAUUCAGUAUCAAUAUCAUCAAAACUUAAACUCCAAAAUUCUCAAGAACCCGUAAACAGAACUAGACCAGACUUUACCUUGCAAAAUUAUUCAAAUUAUGAAAUCUUUACUUUAGAGGUUGCUAGGAGCCUAACAAGUAAAAUUCUGAAAAAGAUCAAAAAUGACUUUGCCAAAUUAAGUAAACAAUGUGAAAUAAUAUAA